UGUCAAAGUUGACAAAAGGCAAGGCGAAAACCACUGACGUCACUUUUGCCCGAAUUUGUAUAUUUAAAAAUUAUAAUAAUUUAAGAGAACUACGAUUACAUUUACCAUUCAUAAUAAAAUGGCAGACCCUAAAUACGAAAAUUUACCAGGCAUAGCUUACGACCAGCCUGAUGUAUAUGAAACCGGCGACUUGCCUGAAGCCGAUCAGCAGGAGCCCUUUGAGGAAGAAGAGAACGAAUGUAUCGAAACCCUGCACUUGUCUGUGAAGGAUUCUUUCAAUAACUUCAAAGGGAAGUUUUUGACUGGUGCAGUAGAUUUCUCUGACCGUUUGAGCAGAAAAAGUAGGAUUGGAUACAGGGCUGGUGAAUAUGAGCUUGCAGCAGAAGGAGAGCCUGAGACAGUCUUGGAGCGCUACAACAGACUGCGCUGCGAGUUCUCAGACUUGUUGGAGCAAGUGGCUGAACAGCAAAAUAAGGCCACGGAGAGUGAGAAGGACGAGUAUUCCCGGCUGGCGACUCAAAUAAACGCGACCAAGAAGAUUCUGGAGGAGCUGAAGCUUGAGGAAGGUGAACAUGUGGACCCCACAGCUGAAAAACUCAAGGAGUAUUUAGCUCAGGGCGGUAAGAAGAAGCAACCGGGCGUAGCUACCGCUAGUCUCAAGCUGAAGCCGGAGGUCAACCUCGCGCAGACCACGCGCAUCGCUCAGUUGGAACACAGGUUACACAAGUUGGAGCAAGCAGCCGGCGUAAGAGACGAAGAGGCUUUCCGAAGACUGCAGGCUGCAACCGGAGAGGCGACGCUGUGCGGCGCGGCCGCUACCCUCGCGGCGCAGACCGCCCUGCUGCGGCCCGCGGAGCUGGCGGCGGCCGACGCGCGCGCCGCCUCGCUGCUCGCCAACGUCGAGGCCAUCCGCGCCGCCCGCCCCUCCGACCCCGAGCUCGACGCCAAGGUGAACUACACUCUAUGUCCGCGGCGUAAGGUCGCUACUCUAGCGGCGCAGACCGCCCUGCUGCGGCCCGCGGAGCUGGCGGCGGCCGACGCGCGCGCCGCCUCGCUGCUCGCCAACGUCGAGGCCAUCCGCGCCGCCCGCCCCUCCGACCCCGAGCUCGACGCCAAGGUGAACUACACUCUAUGUCCGCGGCGUAAGGUCGCUACUCUAGCGGCGCAGACCGCCCUGCUGCGGCCCGCGGAGCUGGCGGCGGCCGACGCGCGCGCCGCCUCGCUGCUCGCCAACGUCGAGGCCAUCCGCGCCGCCCGCCCCUCCGACCCCGAGCUCGACGCCAAGGUGAACUACACUCUAUGUCCGCGGCGUAAGGUCGCUACUCUAGCGGCGCAGACCGCCCUGCUGCGGCCCGCGGAGCUGGCGGCGGCCGACGCGCGCGCCGCCUCGCUGCUCGCCAACGUCGAGGCCAUCCGCGCCGCCCGCCCCUCCGACCCCGAGCUCGACGCCAAGGUGAACUACACUCUAUGUCCGCGGCGUAAGGUCGCUACUCUAGCGGCGCAGACCGCCCUGCUGCGGCCCGCGGAGCUGGCGGCGGCCGACGCGCGCGCCGCCUCGCUGCUCGCCAACGUCGAGGCCAUCCGCGCCGCCCGCCCCUCCGACCCCGAGCUCGACGCCAAGGUGAACUACACUCUAUGUCCGCGGCGUAAGGUCGCUACUCUAGCGGCGCAGACCGCCCUGCUGCGGCCCGCGGAGCUGGCGGCGGCCGACGCGCGCGCCGCCUCGCUGCUCGCCAACGUCGAGGCCAUCCGCGCCGCCCGCCCCUCCGACCCCGAGCUCGACGCCAAGGUGAACUACACUCUAUGUCCGCGGCGUAAGGUCGCUACUCUAGCGGCGCAGACCGCCCUGCUGCGGCCCGCGGAGCUGGCGGCGGCCGACGCGCGCGCCGCCUCGCUGCUCGCCAACGUCGAGGCCAUCCGCGCCGCCCGCCCCUCCGACCCCGAGCUCGACGCCAAGGUGAACUACACUCUAUGUCCGCGGCGUAAGGUCGCUACUCUAGCGGCGCAGACCGCCCUGCUGCGGCCCGCGGAGCUGGCGGCGGCCGACGCGCGCGCCGCCUCGCUGCUCGCCAACGUCGAGGCCAUCCGCGCCGCCCGCCCCUCCGACCCCGAGCUCGACGCCAAGGUGAACUACACUCUAUGUCCGCGGCGUAAGGUCGCUACUCUAGCGGCGCAGACCGCCCUGCUGCGGCCCGCGGAGCUGGCGGCGGCCGACGCGCGCGCCGCCUCGCUGCUCGCCAACGUCGAGGCCAUCCGCGCCGCCCGCCCCUCCGACCCCGAGCUCGACGCCAAGGUGAACUACACUCUAUGUCCGCGGCGUAAGGUCGCUACUCUAGCGGCGCAGACCGCCCUGCUGCGGCCCGCGGAGCUGGCGGCGGCCGACGCGCGCGCCGCCUCGCUGCUCGCCAACGUCGAGGCCAUCCGCGCCGCCCGCCCCUCCGACCCCGAGCUCGACGCCAAGGUGAACUACACUCUAUGUCCGCGGCGUAAGGUCGCUACUCUAGCGGCGCAGACCGCCCUGCUGCGGCCCGCGGAGCUGGCGGCGGCCGACGCGCGCGCCGCCUCGCUGCUCGCCAACGUCGAGGCCAUCCGCGCCGCCCGCCCCUCCGACCCCGAGCUCGACGCCAAGGUGAACUACACUCUAUGUCCGCGGCGUAAGGUCGCUACUCUAGCGGCGCAGACCGCCCUGCUGCGGCCCGCGGAGCUGGCGGCGGCCGACGCGCGCGCCGCCUCGCUGCUCGCCAACGUCGAGGCCAUCCGCGCCGCCCGCCCCUCCGACCCCGAGCUCGACGCCAAGGUGAACUACACUCUAUGUCCGCGGCGUAAGGUCGCUACUCUAGCGGCGCAGACCGCCCUGCUGCGGCCCGCGGAGCUGGCGGCGGCCGACGCGCGCGCCGCCUCGCUGCUCGCCAACGUCGAGGCCAUCCGCGCCGCCCGCCCCUCCGACCCCGAGCUCGACGCCAAGGUGAACUACACUCUAUGUCCGCGGCGUAAGGUCGCUACUCUAGCGGCGCAGACCGCCCUGCUGCGGCCCGCGGAGCUGGCGGCGGCCGACGCGCGCGCCGCCUCGCUGCUCGCCAACGUCGAGGCCAUCCGCGCCGCCCGCCCCUCCGACCCCGAGCUCGACGCCAAGGUCAACGAGUUAUACAAAUUAGUGCAGCAGAUCGACGGGAUAUCACAUUCAGAGAUCCUUGAGAGAAUGGAAGCCCUGGAAUCUCUCCACAACCAAGCGAGCAAUUUCGGCAAAUCCUUGACGGAGCUAGAAACGCUACAGAGCACCAUCGCGUCCGGCGUCAAAAACAACAAGGAACUCUUGCAGGGGGUACAAGAGGUUUUCGCGCACAACAUCGACAGCCUUCAGAAGGAAAUCAAAAAACUGGACGACCGCAUCGGCAAGCUCACCGCGUGAUGAGGCGGCCGGGGGUUACAAUGGCAACUAUUGUUUAAAUUAACUUAGUCAAGGGGCUUCUAGAGUCCGUGUACGCCUCUGCAAUGACUAGGCAAGCGACAGUGUGGAAGAGCCACUAGAAAUACCUAUCCCCCUUAUUCAUAAAACUUUACGAGCCAGAUUUAGUUAAAUUAUGUUUUAUCCCUUUCUACCAAAUAUAUAAGUCAAAAUGACAAACGAUUCAUAGCUAAUUCAGGCCAGUAACGCGUUUAUGAAUAACGCCAUAUAAAUAUAAUGCGGGCUGUACACACUCGCACUCUCGACGAGAGCCUCUCGCAGAGUUUCGGCACCGCUCCGAUCCAAUCGGAGAGGCGCGAGACGAGACGAGAACGGAGCAGUAUGUACACACUCGUUCUUGGCCUGUCUCGACGAGUGUGUACAGUCGGCAUUAGACUUAACUUUUAUUACGGCUGCCACACAUUGUCGCUGCGUAUUCGGUGCAGAAUAAUUGGAAUUUUCCGAUGUGAUUUUUUAAGCUUAAACCCCUAUUUUAAUCUGUCUAACAAAAUGUAUUGUUUCAUUUAUGCAGUGGUUACUAUUCUGACUCUGUAAUAAGUAAUAAGUGAACGGGAACCAGCCCGUUUAAAAAUCAAUGUUACCAUCCUACUUAUAUGGUUCAAAUUCAUGUAAC